UUUUAGUUAAAAAAUGAAGCGACGCGGUUUUCAUGGCUCGGCAAGAAGCACUCACAAGAAGGUUCUUCUUAUGGGUCGAAGCGAAGCAGGUAAGACGAGUAUGAGGAGUAUUAUCUUCGCUAAUUACAUUGCCAGGGAUACCAGGAGGUUGGGAGCUACUAUGGACGUGGAGCAGUCUAACGUCAGGUUCCUGAAUAAUCUGGUUCUUAACCUCUGGGAUUGUGGUGGACAGGAUGCUUUUAUGGAGACCUUCUUCACCUCCCAAAAAGAUGUCUUGUUCUCUAAUGUUGAAGUACUGAUAUUCGUGUUUGACGUCCAAAGUAGCGACGUACAGAAAGAUAUUGAGAAAUACCAAUCUUGUAUAGAAACUGGAAUUAUGAAGUACAGCCCAGAUGCCAUGAUAUUCUGUUUGGUCCACAAGAUGGACUUGAUCCCAAAGGCUCAGCGUGAGAUGCUGUUUUCUAAAAGGAAAGAAGAGCUCGAGCAUCUGUCAAAACCUCUAAAAAUAUCGUGUUACGCGACGUCUAUUUGGGACGAGACGCUCUACAACGCCUGGAGUAAGAUAAUGUCCCUUCUCAUUCCAAAUGUUGGACAGCUCAAACUCAAACUCAAGAAGUUUGCUGACCAUAUAAAUGCUGACGAGGUACUGCUAUUCGAGAAAGCUACAUUCCUGGUAGUGGCACACCACAUGAGGAAGGAACACAACGACGCAAAUAGAUUUGAGAAAAUCAGCAACAUAAUCAAACAAUUCAAACUCAGUUGCAAUAAGAUGCAGAGCUUCUUCAGAUCCAUCGAGGUCAGAAACAGUAGCUUUGCGGCGUACAUAGAGCUUUUCACUGCAAAUAUGUAUAUAAUGGUUGUCAUGAGCGACCCUCAGGUGUGCUCUGCGGCGGUACAGCUUAACAUAAACAACGCUAAGCGCUACUUCAAAGACACCGAUCAGUCGGGGACUCAGUGAUCACGUGACCCAAAUAUAGCACGGGAUCAGGAGAUCACAUGACAAGGAGAUCACAUGACAAGAGUUCAGGUCCUCCUCCAAUAGCCAUCCGAACACCAGUUUUGUAUUGAACUCAGUGAGUGAAACGAUUCGAGUCAGGGGAGGGGAAGCUAUUUGCACGUAGAUAUCAGAUCUAUUGUGUACCGCCUGGGGCCUUUUGGUUUUUCAUUCGAACUUUCGAAGAUUUGGAAAGUUAAUCCAUGAAAGCUCAUGUUAGGGAUCGUUGCAGUCGAAAGUGUGGGACAUGAGUUCUUCAACAAAAAAGGAAAAAAAUGUCACUAUACUAUUAAAAAAAAGUUUUUAAUUUAUCAAGGAGACUGUUGCUGUUAUGAAAUGAUCCCUAAUCUGUAUGAAAUUUUAAACUUUUCCGUUAUGUCAGCAAAUUCAAAAUAUGAAAACAGAUUCAAAUUGUUAAGCAUUUAAUUAAUAUCCGAUAUUUGUCAAAAAUCAAUCCGAUUAAAUUGUAAUUUUCAAGUUCUACCAGCAAGGUUUUUAUUUUUCCGGACUUUAUCAACGUGUUUGAAUCUUAAAAUCAGAAUUCAAUGGCAAAAUUAAAUUGUAGAUACAAAAUAAGAUCAGUUUUCACUUUGCUUAGAAGUGUAGAAAGUAACUUCAAACUUUUCUUUUACACUUUAGUUAUUGAUAUGUUGCCAUUGGGUCCUGAUUUAGUAAUUGUUUAAGUUGAUCAGGCUAAAUGCAGUGAAAUAGUUGUUGUUUUAUCUAAGUUUUUUGAUAAUGAUUUGUAUAAGUUGAUUUUUACGGUUUUUAUAA